UUUAACGUGCUUUUUGUGUCAUGUUCCUGUGCGGAAGUACCUGAAGAUACCUCUGUGGAAGAUGAACGUGCUUCGAAUUUUGUUAACAACACUCCUCCUCAUCAUUUUAUGCCACACCUCGUCAGCCGUGAAAAAUGAUCGAGGAGGACCAUCAUUUAACGCUGGAAACUUUCUUCGAAACAGUCGAAGAAUCGCAUUGAACGAAUAUUUGGUUCCACCUCCACCGCCACGACAUUCGUUAAGAGCAGGAAGAGUAGCAAAUCCUGCAGCAACGGAAGAAGCGGGAUACUUUUCGAAAUUUAUGAACUGGUUAAAUCCUUUCAAUUACGUAUCUUCGCCUUCGCCGCCUCCGGCUGAAACAGCGUAUCAACCCCGAAAUCCGCCUUUUAAUUCGCAACCUUUGCAUCCUCCAUCAGGAGCUUCCUUGUAUCCUCCUCUGGGUCCACCUCCAGGUUCGCACCCUGUUCUGCAGCAUCCUAUCGGUGUACCUCCCGGACCACCUCCAAAUCAAUUGCCCUUUUACAACGCUCCCGCCAUCUUGCACAAUGUUCAAAGUCCCCCGCCCGUGAGGACCAAUCCUACGUAUGUUACCCUGAACAAAGGGAAAUCCUGCAAUCCCUGCAACAGAAUUCCUUGGAUACCCAUGCAAGGUGGGCUGCGUUCUGACGAACAUCCUCCACAGCUCUCUAAUGGCUACCUUCCUCCACCUAAUGUGAUAAAUCACGAUAAUCAACAUUCCGCAUCCCACGAAAUCAGUGUUCCCAGUUUUCCGCAAGUUCCUAUCAAUCCUCUGAUUAGUUCCUUGCCUAAUCCUCAGCUGUUGCCUCAUCCAGUGCCGCCUUACCACGCGGAAUCUUUUGAUGGCCGAUCUCCAAGUCCUACGGGACAUCUGGAACCUACAUUAACGACCAUUGGACAGGAAUAUAACCCUGCAAUCAAUGGACAACUCAAUAUAAGAGGUAACGAAGAUCUGGCACCUAGUGGGACUCACACUGAUCAGGGUCUUCUCAGUGCUGCACCUCAGAAUUAUGGAUUCGAGGGUGACAAAGCAGCAAGUGAUAAAGAACCCUUUGAGCGUGAUCAACCUCCAAUUUCUGCACCACCUGGAGAUAGCCAAGUUGGGGUUAGCAGUUUUGGAUCAUCCAAUUUUGGAAAUCACUUUAGUGAGAGUAGUGGAUAUCGGGAAUCUAAUGUUCACUACGAACAAUCGCAGGAUUUGAAUCCUCAAAGUAGCUUUGGGUCAAGUUUUAACGAUCAAAACUAUCAGAAUAAUCAGUAUUCUGAUUUAUCUUCUAGUAGUAGUGUUAUCAAGAAUUCUCAGGUACCCGAAGAAAAUAAUGCUUCUUCAAACACGGAUUUUGUACAUUUUGAAGAGUCUCCAUUGUUGGAUCUCACGAAUAAAGAAGAAACUCACUCUGACACACAAUGGCCAACAUCUACGGUCACGUACAAUGAAGAUAACAUCUUGAAGACAACUACGGACUAUAGUUUAGAAACCGAUAAUGUAUAUUUUGAAGAUUCAUCAAACUUUAUUAGACAGAGUGAAUCCUAUUCUUUGUCGGAUAUUCGAAAUAUCAAUGGUGCUUUUGAGACAACGUCAGCGAGUGGAGGAUACAAGAAUGUGGAAGAAACAUCAACGAUUAGUACACCUUAUACGAAUCAAAAUAUUCAGCAGGGAUUGGUGUGGACGGAUCUGGAAUUGAAAAAUGAGUCUUUGAGAAAUCAUGCGUUUUCGGAUACUGUUAAUCAGUGGAAUAGUUCUAAUACGGAAAUUAAUAGGUUUGAAAAGCAGGGGAAUCCUGAAGUGAAGAAUACAACUCCGAGACAACAGAGUGUGAAGCGAAAUAAACAAGUGCAAGUUGUUAUUCCGUACACGUCAGAAUAUACACCAGUACCAUUUCAACAAUCUUACGGAGAUUGGAGUAUCAAAACCAAUUUUGAAAGAACACAACCAAGAAAAGUUCCCUCAAACGGACAAAACAUCGAUAAUUACAUUCAACAGGAAUCGAGAAACGAUAUUCGAGUUAUAAAUCAUUUGCAAUCUCAAUUCAAUGAUUCGAACAAAUCAAAUGUACAACCAAUAAAAGCAGUAACAAAUACAAUACAAAAUAGUACAAGAAAUUUUAUAUCGAAAAUUGGCAAUUCUAUCGAUGUACGCCGAUUGCAAAAAAAUAUUGAUAAUUGGACAAUACAAGAAUAUUCGAAGCCAACAACGUCCAACACCGUUUCAUCAAGUUCCCCGCAUCCUUAUCUGCUGCCAUCAAAGAAAAUACCGACAAAGUAUCUAACAACAACGGAACCAGGGGAAUCGAAGGAUCACAACGAAAGUGUGAAAACGUAUUCUUUAGCCGGCUUCAGCUUCAACGAAGUGGAACACGAGGGUUCCGCGAGCAAUCACAUUGAAGAAACUAGAACGCCGGCCAAAGUUUUACGAGUAGAAACGACUAAAACCCCGGACAGUUUAGAGAGCUCGAAUAAAUCUGCGACGGAAGAAAAGUCGACAUGGAAAGCGUACUCUGUGUCCAUAUCACCGGUGGACAAAGAACGAGUCUAUGUGGUGACACCCCAGGCAAUUUUGGAAACCGUUAAGAACACUUCCCAGGAAGAAAAAGAAAAUUCGCAGCAAAUGAAUGAGACGAAAAUCACCAGCACGGAAAGUAACGGAAAUUUCAGCGAAUUCGAAGCAAUUGAGAAAGCAUAUCAGGUGCUUCCUCAGGCAGUGAAUAAUUUAGCUGUCGCGUCUACGGGGAAGGAAAAUAUUCCUUUAUGGGGAAUUAUGGAACACGAGGAGUUCGCUUCGUUGAAUUUGGACGAAACCGGCGAAGGGGCGACUGGAGAAGGCGUGGAUGGACCUGUUCUCUAUUCUGGACACUCGAAGGUUUCACGAGCCAAACGAUGACAUGUACAUUGUUGAAAUGUGGAAGCUCAAAGAACUGCAAUUGUGAAUAAAUCGAUUCUUCGUCGAUGAUUUCUGAAGACUGUUUUUCAUCUUAUGGAAUGAAAAUGGAGUAAUUGUAGUGCAAGUGUAAAACUUUAUGGCCAGUGUAUAGUUACUUUAUAUGUAGUAAACAUAAGUAAGUAUGGUAACUAAAUAAAGUAUACUCUCGUUAUAUUGCCGGUUCACAUGGACUUGCACAGCGAAGUUUCCUUUAUCGUGUGCAAGAAUUUCUAUACCGUGGCAAUAUAACGAAAGUCUACUGUAUCGUAAAAAUGUUAAGAAACAGUAUAGUCAUGUCAUAUUUUUCUAC